AUGCAGAAUGUUAGCGGGAAUAUGGGGACGUGGACAAAGGUUAGCGGAUAUGUAUACUUUCAAAAAACAAGCUACAACCGCUUCUUUAAUCGGAUUGGAGUUGGGGCUAAAACAUCCACUGGAGUAGGCAAUGAGGUAUUAAAGCCCAUUCAAGGUCAAAAGAAUAAUUCCAAAGGGCUUCUUACUGGGGAUGAUUCUGAUGUUAACAUUGAUGGAGCUUCCUUCGAUCCAUUAUUUACUUACCCUUCUGCCACAAGGAAUAACAUAGAAGGCUGGGAGUUAUCACCUGAGCCAGUUCAUGAGGAAAACAUGGAUGAUGAGCUCUCAUCAGAAGAUGAGGAUAUGCACAUUCAAAAUGGAAAUGAGAAUUUUGAUAACCAUGAUAACGAGGCUUGUGAAGACAUACUUGAAAAUGUUCAUGUCGAUGAGAGAGAGAUAUCUCAAACAAUUCAAGAUGUGAACGUUGAAGGUGGGGGCUCUUCUUUCGCUGAGAAGAACGUGAAUCAGAAAAAGAGGGGAAGAAACAAAUGCAAGGAAAUUGCCAAGCUUAAACCCGAUGAGAAGUUGGAGAUUACUUUCUACAACAAUAGAGCUGUUGGAACAAAUCAUAAAGUAUUUGCACGACAUUUGGGGAUCAUAGUGCGAGAUACAAACAUCUGCCCGGUGAGAGUGCGCAAAUGGGAUGAUGUUGGAGAUAAAGAAAAGGAACACAUGUGGAGUGCCGUCACGGAUGUCUUCACUAAUGAAAGCAUGGACAUUUACAAGCAACAUGUCCUUGGCCAUAUGAGAGAGUUAUGGACAAAUUGGAGGUCAGACUUGUUAAGGAAUAAUGUCACUAAAAAGGGAAUCACCUUAGAAGCUGCAUACAAAGGUGAGCCACCUAGUGGACAUGACGAUAAGGAUUGGAAGUGGCUUAUAAAGGAGGUUUAUUCUGACGAAAAGUUUAAGGAAAGGAGUGCAAGGAACUCUGAAAAUAGGCGCAGUUAUGCAAAAGAGCUAAUGCAUCGAACAGGGAGCAAGCCUACUAGACAAAUCAUUUGGGAUGAAUUGGGAGCGAAUAAGGGGAAAAAACCAACUUUGGUAGAUGUAUUCCACGCAACUCGCAAGAAAGGCACUAACCUCCCAAAUGCAGAAACGACACAAAAAUACGAGGAAAUUCAGAAAAUAAUGGAAGAAGAACAAACACUUUCCCAUGUACAGGUAGCACAAAAGGUGUUUAAGUCGAUGUCUCGUGAUCGGGUUUUGGGUUUUGGAGGAGGAAUAACACUUAAAGAAUUAUCAGGACCACAACCUAGUAGGGUGGAACUUCAAUCUAAGUUGAAUGAGGCAAACAAACAAAAUCAUGUUCUUACCAAUCGCGUGGAUACGGUACAAGAAGAAAACAAUGCACUUAAGAGUCGCAUGAGUUCAGUUGAAGAAGAGCUUAAUGCAUUUAAAGAAGUGUUCUUACAACGCUUUUCAAAAGAUGGCACUCCAAGACAGAAUGUUUCAACUAGUUAGAUUUUUAUUUUGUUCUUUUAGAUUGAACAAGAAUUACUUAUCUUU